AAGUCAUAAUAGCGACUUAUCCGAAACUCCGCAAUGUCAGCAAAUGCGGAGCGGAGCGCCGAGCUUGCUGACUUUACUCACUGUGAUAACAUAGCCAGACCGUGGGUAAAAGACUGGAGAAUCUGUUUCACAGCGGCAAUACCUGUUAAGUAUAGCAAUCAAGACUAUUGACGAAGGCACACUCGCGGUCUUCCGUUGCAGUUGCACCAUUUCUACCCGAUGGCUCCCCACGCUGUCACCUCGAGGCGCAAGAGCUGCGAUGCAUGUGUCCGCGGUAAGCGUCGCUGCGACCAGCGGAGUCCCGCAUGCUCUCAAUGCAUCAAGAAGAGGGUUUCAUGCCUCUACAGGAACCAGCCUAAUAGAAAUACACCAGUCCUCAACAAUGCGGUAAUGCAAGCGGAGGACGAAUCUCCAACCUCAGCAAGUCCGCACCAAGAUCACUUAGAGUCUAGCUUCCCUGAUUUCACAGGAGGCUAUGACUUGAACUUGGAUCUAGAUGGCCAACAUAUCCAGAUUGAGCCUUUGUUUGAUUCUCUGCUAGACACAAUAGCCGAAACCAGUUUGCCCAACGGAUUUUGGCACAAUACCGCGUUCACAGAAAACUUACAAGACGGUCCAAAGCAUUGUGAGAUGGUCUUGACUAGCAAGGACUAUUGGAAAAUGGCUCACAUAUGUCCAUGGCAACUUAGUGAUCCUAAUACAGAAGCAGCUUUCGGAAUGGGGUUCAUUAAGAACUUGCUUACUCAGUUCGCCAAUCAAAGCUCUACACCUUUCCUCCACCGGCAUCUGUAUAAAACCCAUGUUAGCCCCUGGAUCACUCAAGUUUUCUCUACUUGUGUGCUUUAUACCCACGUCAACAGCUCCAAUCGAGGCAUGGUCCUGCGAGUUCUACACGAGAACGUGACCAACCUUCUCGAGUCGGCGAGUGGCACAAAUCUGGUCCCGCAGCAAAAAAUAGCUAGAGUCCAUGCGUUGAUGUUAUACCAGGUAAUCAGGAUGUUCGAUGGUGACAUAACCUUGGGUACUCAAGCGGAUGCCGAUGUGGCUAUCCUUAUGUCGUGGAUCGAUGACCUGUGCACAGUCCGCGACAAUCUCAAAGAAGAGAGCGGGAUGAGAGAUUCCAUCAUCCGUAGUCGACCACCUGAGUCUUGGGAGCGCUGGAUAUUCGCGGAAAGUGUUCGCAGGACCUGCAUUUUUGGUUAUGCUCAAAUAUUUUUCUGGAACUUAUUAAAGUGUCGCGUGAAAUGAUCCGGGUGUGUGGGCCCAAAUCCAUCGAUGGACACUCUCAACUCAUUUGUGGAACGCCAAAGAUGCUUUCGAUUUCUUCCAGGCCUGGAAUAAUAAACCAUUCUAUAUCAUCUCAGCGCUAAAUUUUCAUCACUUUCUGGAGACUGGCAAGGGACAAGACGUCGACGACUUUGCUCGGUUCUUUCUGACAAUCUACUUUGGCGUUAGCGAGAUGAAAGCUUUCUGCGCUCGAACGGAAGAUAGUGAAGGUCAAAUCA